UGUACCACUGCAGCAUCAGUGUGGAAAAGACACGAGAAAAAGGCACGACUGAGUGGACGAGGAAGAAGAAUUAAAGACACAGAAGAAGAAGAGAGGAGCGCGAGACAAAGGGAUAAAAGAAAGAGGAGGCAGAGGAAGAGAGGAAACACCUGCAGAGCCGGAGCAGUGUUCGUCCAGAGACCCUCACUUCAGUUUACUUGUCUCCACUCUCCCGAGGGUCUGGGACAUCCCUGGAGUGUGUGUGUGUGUGUGUGUCUGGUCGUGUGCAAAGGGUGGGAGGGUUUUUUUUGUUUUUUUUGUGUUGAUGUGUUGAUGAGUGUGUGGGUGUCUCGCGCCACUUUUCAUGGGACAUUGAGAGAUGUGUGUGUCACAGCAUCGGUGGACGGGCUGUAGGGGGCCGCGCUCCCCCUCCCUCCCCCUGGUCCUCCUCCUCCUCCUCCCACUGUCCUUCCUCUCCUCAACACCUCCGCUCGCUCAGGGAGCCAUCCACAUCCCCGAAGGCUACCAAGUGCAUAACAUGUCUCAGCCGCCGGUGAUGAUGGAGAUGCCGAAGUCGUUCACAGCGUUUUCUCCAGAGGACAUCAAGCUGCCCUGCGAGGCCACUGGUAACCCGACGCCCACUUACCGUUGGGUAAAAGAUGGGGACACUUUCGGGCCGGAGAGGGAAGGAUCCGGGACGCUGAAAGAAAACAAGACAGAAUUCCUCGAAACGUACGCCGGGACCUGGCGCUGCUACGCCUCCAACAUGCUGGGGACCGCCAUGACACAAAGUGUAGAGGUCAUCGUGGAGGCUCAACCGAUUCUGCCGAAACAACAUCACAUCCGAGUGAAAGCAUACGAGGGAGAGAGCAUCGUCAUGGCCUGUAACCCUCCGCAGAGCUCCACUCCCCCGCACAUCCACUGGAUGGACAAGUGGAUGGUGCACAUAAAGCAGAGCGACAGAGUGAUGCUCGGCCUGGAUGGGAACUUGUACUUUUCCAACGUGGUGAGGAGCGACAGACGGGACGACUACAUCUGCAACGCCCAGUACACUGCAGCCAGGACCGUCCUCCCAGUGACCCGCAUCGACCUCACUGUGCUGCCCAGUAACGACGUGGUGCACGACAGAAAACCUCACCUGUUCAGCCCUCAGGGAACACACUCCACGGUGCUCGCUCUCCGGGAGAACACGGUCGUCCUCGAGUGUAUCCCCAAAGGCCUACCCACGCCGAAGGUGGAUUGGAAGAAGAAGGACGGUAGGCUGGAUGAAACGAGCGCUCAGCGGGAGAACCACAACCGCUGGCUGCGCUUCGACAGCAUCACUCAGGAGGACGACGGCGAGUACGAGUGCAAGGCGUCCAACGACCACGGCUCGGUGACGCACGCCUUCACUGUCACCGUGGAAGCGUCUCCUUACUGGGUCAAGGAGCCUCAGAACCUGCUGUACGCCCCCGGAGAGACUGUGAGACUGGACUGUCAGGCUGAAGGCAUCCCGACCCCGACUAUCACCUGGAGCAUCAACGGACUGUCCAUCACAGAGGUGGAUGAAGAGCCUCGCCGCAGUGUGUCGGGCGGCGUGUUGAUCCUGAGGGAUGUGGUGUACGCGGACACAGCUGUGUAUCAGUGCGAGGCCGCCAACAAACACGGCUCCAUCCUCCUCAACACCUACCUCUACGUCGUCGAGCUGGCUCCUCAGAUCCUGUCCUCCGAUGGAGUCGUGUACAGAGUCACCGAGGGCGGAGACGUCAUGAUGCAUUGUGAAUUCUUCGGCUCCCCGCCGCCACAAGUCACAUGGGAGGACGAGGACGAGAUCCCUCUGCUGUCUUACGCUCGUUUCUCCCCGCUGACCAACGGGACGGUCAAGCUCUCCAACGCCGCCAACGAAGACAGCCGAUCGUACCGCUGCCACGUCAAACACACCAACAUCUCCAUCACUGCUCACCUGGAAGUGUACAAUCAAACAUUGAUUCUGACAAGCCCGCAGGACGUGCGCACGCUCAGGGGAACCAGCGCCCUGCUGGACUGCGGCUUCUACAGAGAUCCUAACCUCGAAUACAAGAUCAGCUGGAGGAAACACGGACACGAGCUGCUCGAGUCGUCGCCUGAUGACAAGCACACUGUGUUUGAAAACGGCACCCUGAGAGUGACAAACGUCCAACCAGGCGACAACGCACAGUACACCUGUGAGGUCAGCACGGACCUGGACAGCGUGAAGGCCAGCGGCUCCAUCACGGUAGUAGCACCGCCGGACCCUCCGAAAGAUCUGACUCUGUCUGACGUUGAAGACUACAGCCUCACUCUGAGCUGGAUCCCAGGAAGCUCACACAACAGCCCCAUCAUAGAGUUCAUUGUGGAGGCGCGGGAGGAGCAGCACUUGGAGGCAGGAAAGUGGAAGUGGGAGAGGUUGGAGAUUGUUCCCGGAGACUUCAACCACCGUCAGCUGACACUGCACCCGUUCUGCACCUACCGCUUCAGAGUCAUCGCCGUCAACCAGCUCGGGAGCAGCGUACACAGCCUACCGUCGGAGAAACACAGCACACCGCCGGCUGUUCCUGGCACAAACCCGGAAAAUGUGCGCAGUGAGUCCACGGACGCAAAGACUCUGACCAUAUCGUGGGACGAGAUGGAGAAUCACUUGCAUUACGGUCCGGAUUUCAAGUACAAGGUGUCAUGGAAGUCCGGAAAGCCGGGCGCAGAUUGGGAAGAUGGCUACGCCGUCUCGCCGCCAUUCCAUGUAAACGACACGGGGACGUACGAGCCGUUUGAGAUCAAAGUCCAGGCUGUGAACUCACUGGGAGCGGGACCGCCACCGCAGUCUGACAUAGGACACUCGGGAGAGGACAAGCCCAAAGAAGCACCAACCGGAGUCUCCACCACGGUGAUGAACAGCACCGUGAGAGUGAAGUGGAACCAAGCCCAGAACGUCCGAGGGCGGCUGAGGGGAUACAAGAUCUACAUCAGGAGGUUGGGUCCCCAGCUGGGGCGGGGCCGGAGGUCUCUCGGUAAACCUCACCACGAGGAGGAGAGAGAGGAGCGAUUGAGGGAGCGGCACGUGGAGAGCAGGGUGGUGGAGGUGCACGGCACGCAGACGUCAGAGGAAGUGUCGGGGCUGCGGCUGUUUUCACGCUACGAGCUAACCAUGACUGCCGUGAACAGCAAGGGGGAGGGGCCUAACUCUACUCCGCACCACUUCGUCACCCCGGAGGGAGCGCCCGGUCCUCCUGCUUCACUCCGGUUUGAGAGUCCAACAGAGAGAUCUCUGAUUCUCUACUGGACCCGUCCUGAGGAAACCAACGGCCCCCUGCAGGGAUACAUGGUGCAGUAUCAACAGGAGGUGGAGAACAGAGACGGCACGCUGCAGAUGGAGAUCAUCAGCGAUCCCAAUGUCACUCACAUUGAGUUAAAGUCUCUGGACCCCAGCAGCUACUACAGCUUCAAUGUGAUCGCACGCACCAGCGCUGGAGACGGGCCCCCCAUCACACGGCGGGGUGCCACCCAGCUCGAUGGAGUGCCUCCAUCCAACGUGUCCAUAGUUUCCAGUAACAAGUCGCUCAACCUGAGCUGGGUGCCCGGAGAGCGAGACAGGAACCACGGCUUCACCAUACGCUACUGCAGGAAGCGCUUCGACUGUGAGAGGAAUUUCUGGGAGGAGUCAGAGGUGGUGAACACCACGCAGGGUUUCUAUUCGCUGAGUGGCCUCAAACCAGGAACUGAGUACAAGCUAGCAAUCAUGCACGGAAACAUCACGCAGUGGGAAGAGGAUACGUUCACUAAAGGACCAGAACCUUCAGAGAUAACCAGUGGGUUCGCCACACAGGGUUGGCUGAUUGGACUCAUCAGCGCCAUCGUGCUGCUGGUGCUGAUACUGCUCAUCCUCUGCCUCAUCAAACGCAGGAAGGGCGGCAAAUACGCAGUGAAGGACAAAGAAGACAAGGAAGUAGACUCUGAAGCUCGGCCAAUGAAAGAUGAGACUUUCGGAGAGUACAGAUCUCUGGAGAGUGAUGCAGACGAGAAGCGCUCGGACAGCCAGCCGUCUCUGUGCGGCAAGAGUAAACUGGGCAGUGACGACUCUCUGGCUGAAUAUGGAGACAGCGUGGACAUCCAGUUCAACGAGGACGGCUCCUUCAUCGGCCAGUACAGCGGCCGGGGACCCGUUCCCCACGGCAACGAGAGCUCUGGUCCCGCCUCCCCUGUUAACGCAGUCCCUCCUCCACCCAUCGCUCCAUCCAUGUCGAGCAUCCUGAACCGGCCCAGCUAGAUACACACACACACACACACACACCAUCAUAAUAAAAAUACAAACACACACCCACACACACAUACAUACACACUGCCCGCCUGCAGCACCAACACAAAGGGACAGACCACUCCUGACUCCACUGCCUGUAACGUUAAAGUGCAACAACACACACACACACACACACACACACACACACACUGUCUCAGUACAUUCCACAGGUUUAUGCAGUGCAGAUGUUUACAGGAUGUCUUACCUUUUCUACUUCAAGUUUACACACAAACACACACUGAAAAACACACACACACACACACAACAUGCAAGAAGACAUGCAAAACCAGAUCACAAAACCAUCACUCUUCUGUAAGACAAAAACAGGGGGAGGAGCCAGCUGCUCCAGCUGUUUGUAACUCCAGACUUGAUGUGGUCAGAAUUUCAACUUUCCCCAAGUCGAUUUUGAUGCAUCUCUAACAGCAGGUUAAACUACUCGGAAUAGUUCCUUCUUAAGGUGUACUCCAUGUUACUGUUGGCUGGAAUGGCUGCAAAGUCGAUAACCAAACAGGCAAAUUGCUCGCUGCUUCGAUUAAAAAACAACAAAUCUCCUGCUGGAAACGAUAAAUGUUUCUGCUUAGACAUGAUGCUUAGUUGACUUUGCGUUUUGGAUUGCUUUCUGAUUGGACACAGCCACAGACAAAAAGCUUUCCCAGUCAACACUUCUCUGACAUUUGACCAGUUUAACCCAGUCUAAUAAAUUAAUAAAUUCAACGUAUAGUGCUGGAUUUACAAACAGCUGGUGCAACAACGCCAAGGAGAGGAAGAUAAGAUGUGAUGAAGAAAAAGGGAAAUCUUUCCAUCUUGUCUGACAACCACAUUGUGUCAUCGUGUAUAAACACUUCAGUGUCAUUAACACAUCAGUUAUAUAUUAUAUCAUAAGUCAUAUUUGGUUGUUUUUUUAUACACACACGUCAACAUUUCAGUUAUAUUCUUCACUUUUUGUGCAUUGUUGUCAAACAUCACCACGAUGUGUCUUUGUUUACACUGUUAGCGAGCUAUUUAUUUGUGUUUGUGUGCAUGUGUCUGGGAAUGAUUUGUCUAUUUAUUGUUGUGUGCGCGGCUGUCAAACCUAAGAUGCAUGCCCCCCCCUCGGAGGCAUUUAACAAAUAAUUCAGUCAAUGUUUUUUCGCAUUUUAAGUUCAAAGAGUGACUUUCACUUUGUGUGCGUGCGUGCGAUUGUCCGUGCUCUCCGUCGCUGCCUUUUAACCUGCAGUGAUGGGAGAUCUGUUGCCUUAAACGAGUGUCCAGUUAAGCCUUCUCUCCUCCCUCUUUUUCGCGCAUCCCAUCUGUCAAAUCAUACAUUUCUACCCAAACGCAUUUCUACCCCAUCAUCCUUAGAUCAGUCCUGUUACUCAGCAGGGGGGAAAAAGCAGGAUCAGGAUGUUACGGUGGCCCUGAAUGUUCAUAGCGCUGCAAACACGUCUAAACUGGAUACCUAGAAGCUCAAAGGAAAACUGCUUCAUCAAUUUGGGGAAACAUGCAUUAAGAUAUAACUGGUGCAAAAGUUAAACAAGCUGCAAAUCAAUGACAAACAGUGAAAAGUUGAUCUGAGCUAUGAUGUUUUUAUCUGAUAGUUUUAACAUUUUGAUUGCAUGGCUCAUUUACCUUACCUGCAGCUGGUGUUCCUCAGGGGAAUUGUACAAGAGUAAUUACCAAAAGUGAAGUGGCUCCUCAAAUUUGCAUUACUGGACAGUAGGAGCCAUUUCAUAGUCACAGGUUUAUAGUCCCUGAAACAGCGUUAUGUUAUGUGUUUGAUCUUGCAGUCCUCUGAGCUUUCAGGACCACCGUAGAAAGUGAUAACAGACAGAAAGACAUUCCUAUGCAUACACACACGUACACUGAUGCAUGCAUUAAGCGGAGGCUUAUGGACAUGGAGGUCCUCUGUAGCAAAACCAUAUGGGACCCUCUGAAGGAGAGAGGGAGGAGGGAGGACAGAAACGCCCCAGGAGGAGGAGGAGGAGGAGAAAGAGAAUCUGACGUAUCGUUCUCUGAAUGUAAAUAGAACCUUGAGAUUGUCAUUUUUUAUUUCCAUUGCUUCUUUUAUAAGAUGAACAAAAUUGUAAUUUUUUUUAUUAUCUGUUGCUCUGUUGGAAUUUGUACUGUGGCGUUCCUCUGCUGCAGCUUUUGUAUCAUAAUACCCCCAACCCCCCCACCCACACACACACACACACACACACACACACACACACACGCCAUCGUCUCCUCUUGUUUCGAUUAGUAGCCCAGAGACAUUUAGAGAAGACUAGAAUCAUAGUGAGAAGAAUCCACCCCUCCCCCCUCAACCAGUGUCUUUAUAGAGCUUUAGAGAUGCAGCAGAUAAUAUGGAUUAUUAAGUCAUGUCAUAAAUGUUAACAUUUAUAUGCCCUGACUGGGCGCAGAUGUUUGAAUGAACUCGGGCGAGGUGAUGUCGUCCUCGGCCCUCGACAGGAAAUAAAUCUCAAUACUCAGAGGGUUUAUUAUUUUUGUGGCCCCAGUGUGCCGGACAAAACUGUCUGACGAAUCAAGAGAGGGUACGUUAAACUAACCAGGGACUUCCCCAGUGUUUGGACCCAGAGCUGAACUUUGUUUUUAAUGUUUGUGGAGCAGAGAGGAACAGGAGACACAAGCCUGAGGAGUCCUUUGUGUUCUUAUUAUUGUCAACAAAUCGAAAGGCUGCAGCUGUAGCCCGUAGUUUCUAGCUGGCUGGUUCCCACUGAAGGUGUUCCUAAGCGUUCAAAAAUAGUUUGUAUUUUGAUCUGUUUUUUCCUUAAAGAAUCCGCAACAAUUAGCGAAACAUAAUUUGACCAUCGUGCGUCACACAUUAAAUUGUUCCCAAAAUUAUCGACAAAUCAAGGGGGUGGGCCACGACCCCUGUCAAUCAUUCACACUACAGAAAUGAUUGGAAGAGGAUGCUACAGUGCUUGGGCUGUAAAUGUUUUUAAGGUAGAGCAGUUAAUAAUUAUUAUUUUUUUCUACUUUCUGAGAUGCAUCAGCUCAUUCAAGUUUUUGUGCUUGAUACAAAAACAUCAAUAAAUUAAAUGUUUUUAAAAAAUAUAUUGUGUUAAAAUCAAGGGAUGUAGGGAUAUUUUGAAAAUGGAUGAUGGGAGGGAGGUGAUGGACAAAAUACAAAACUUCAACAACACUUCUGAUCCGAUCUACAGUCUGUAAUCAAACCUGAACAUGUUGCCUUGUUCAACGUCUCGCAGGUCUCGACUCCUUUCCUCUCUGCACCUGAUGCUGACUGUACAGCCCUGCCUGUCUGUGUGUCUUGUCUGUCUGUCUGUCUGUCUGUCUGUGUGUGUGUCUGUCUGCCUGUCUGUCUGUCUGUCUCUGUUUCAGCCUUCUUUUAUACAUAUAAACACUUUGGGGGGAAAUUAAAAUAAAAACAAGUAAAAGACAAAAAAAAAAGUUAUAAAUAAUAAUACUGCAAAUGAAAACAAUAAAACAACAACAGUGCUUAUAUCAGUUACGACGACGCAGUCAGUAUUGUCAUCAGUGAUUUUGAUACGAUCAGUAACUAACACAAUGAAAUGAAUCAGUAUGACAGGAGGGACAUGAUGACACGGGAGGACGGCUGUUUGGUGUGUGUGCGUGUGAAUGUGUGUAUCUGUGUGUGAGUGGUGAGGGGAAGCAGCUGGGGAGAAGUGGGGUUCAAAAUUCAAACACACACAUGCAUAUUUACAGAGGGGGGAGGGGGCAUGAGGGAGGGGUUACUGCAAUAUUGAGGUGUGCUGAUGUACCUGCUUGUUGCAUUGUGCGCUGUUCUGUAGCCGGCAAACUAACCCCAGACUGUCAACUAAUAAAUAAACAUGGACUACGCAUAUCCUGAACAGAC